UUUCCGCGCCUUUUCGUUGUUGAGAUGGAUGAGAGGGUUAAACAACCUGCAAUAUUUCAUCUAUAUUAUCACAUUAUGGACUAAAUCAAACUUUAAUACACAUACUUCAGAUGUAGACGACUUGGUUACACAGGAUAACAUCGAAAUAUGUUGCUCCCGUCUGAUGUCGCCAGACUUGUUCUGGGCUACCUGCAGCAAGAAGGGCUCACUGCCACAAGCCGAGCUUUUAUCUAUGAGAGUCCAAACCUGAAGGAAUAUGCCGAGCACAGCUCAGAUGAUGGGGUCAUCCCUGCCUGUGUGUUUUCUCUUUUUGGAAAAAACCUGAUUACGAUUUUAAAUGAAUAUGUUGCUGUUAAAGCGAAAGAAACGAGUCAAGAAACUCAAAUCCCAGCCGUGAUGACAUCAUUAUGGAAAAAGCUCGAUUUCACUCUCAACCAAAUCAAGUCCCUGCAGAAUUCUCCUGCAGUGCAGCUGAAUCAGCGACUGCGUACUAUGAAUAGCAUUCAAACUAUGAGACGUCAGCAGAGACCCUUGUUGGCAUCACAGUCUCCCAUCAUUUUGCAACCGCCUGUGACUCUAGCAGCUCAGUGUGUCCCCAGCUCUGUGUCCACCCCUCAAGGCAUGCUGGGACAUUCCACCCCAGUGUCUUACACUUCCCAGCAUACCAGACCUUCCACUCUCUGCCUUAGUCAGCCAGGUGAGUCACCGUUGCAGAUACUGGUCCCUGAUAACAGAUUGAAUCCAGGACCUUUAUCUCCAGCCCGCAGGAAAUGUGACUCGCCGAGGCGGAGAGGAGGUGGUCAGUUGGGUGCCAGCGGGACCACCAGGGCCACCGUAGUGUCCAGCACGCUCAUUGUGGAAUCUCAAAGUGAAGAAACUGUGACAGAGAACUUAUCUCAAAUAGUCAUAGAAAAUGCCAGAGAAAAAAUUCUCAAUGAUAGAUCCUUACAAGAAAAACUAGCUGAAAACAUCAACAAAAUCUUGGCAAGUGAUAAUAGUCCUCAGACAUCAAAAGCUGCCUGCAGUACUGUGGAACAAGAGCAAUCGAUUGAUGAAAUCCUGGGCCUCCAGGGGGAGAUUCAUAUGACAGAUGAUGCUAUCCAAGACAUAUUGGCACAGACAGAGUCAGACCCAGCAUUUCAAGCACUCUUUGACCUCUUUGAUUAUGGGAAAAGUAAAACUGCUGAAGGCAGUGAACAGGCUGACGGGACCUUUAGUACUAGUACUAGUGCACAAGAGAGUGAUGAGACUGGGCAUGUAGACAGCGCCUCUGAAACAGGCACUGGACAGGAGGACUCCACAUCAGGAGAAAGCAGUACACAAAACGUAAGCACCCAGUCUGAGUCAAAAAGCAAAAAGAAGUCAUCCAGCCUUCGAAAUGCGACAAAGUCUGCUUCCACAGCUCCACAGCCACGUUCUGUAACCAAACAAACUGGACGAGGACCCGCAAACUCAAAAAGAGGGCUAGUCAGGACCAGAGUUUUAUCUGGGAAUAAACAAUCCAGAGGUGCCACUUCAGCUUCUUCGAAGUUAAACGAUAAAGCAGAUUUGCGUCCACCUGACCAAACUGUAUCAAGCUCUUCUUUAACAGAGGAAGGAGUUGGUAUGGAGGUAGAUGAACCAGAAAAUGAAACCUCUGAGAGCGUAAAUAUUCAGCUAGCUCCUCUAGAGAGCUCGCACACCAACGAAACAUUGAAUGAUAAUAAAAACAGUCAAGUUCCUGUUUCAAGUAAGCCAUCGCAAACCACAUCCACUACUGAAACCACACAUAAUGCAUCUCUGAAUGAGGCUAGGAGUGUAACGGGAAUAACUAUUGGACAGAAUGAGGAUAUAGGAACCUCCUUAUCCAUUCGAAGUGAGGCUGUGCCCUCACUUUGCUUGCCUCAACCUAACACAUCUGCCAAAACGGCUUCAAACAAGACGCCUUUAACUCCUUCCUCCACACAAACUCAGUCUAGUACAGUCAGAAGCAAUCUCCCUACAUCAGGUGCUUCAUCUACCCCCACUACACCAUGCAUUUCUGACACCCCGGCCAAAGAGCCUGAUCCCAGUAAGAUUGUGUCUCUGAAAAUCAUCAUCAGCGAUGAUCAGGACGAGGUCUCAGCUGAUGCGGCACUGAACCAGGCGGUUUCCAGCAUCACUAGUGACCACAUCCCCACCAUCUUCCUGUCCUCCCCUGCCAAAUCACCUGCCAAGACAUUGCCCGCAACCUCUGCGGUCAUAACCCAAGAGGAAACGGCUCAGGCCGUGAGCUGCUUACAGGGAGCAGAGGGUGUCGGAUCAUUCGGAACACCUAUGAGGAGCGUGCAGGGUAGCGGACAGCCUGUGCUCGGACGUCCCACGGGUCAGGAAACCGGUUUCAUUCAGCUGUUGCAAGCUAACCCUGCCUUUGGGCCUUCAAACAGCUAUUUCGUCGUAACCGAUCCGGCUGCUGCCGAGCAGCGGUCAAAUGUUGUGCUGCUUCCAAGUAAAAUGCCUCAAGGGACCGUGUCUUCAAUGUCGCAUGUGGUAGCGACUCCACCUCGCCAGAGGACUGUGGUGUCCAUGGGGACAAAUGUCUCUCAGACCUAUUCGCCUGGCUCCACAAUCAUUAUAUCCUCUCCAGUUCAGCCAAUGUUACAAAAUGUGAUGGUUCCAGUGUCUGUAAUGGGGCAAAAUACUGGAAAACUCACAGUUCUUCCCAAUCAAAUGUUGGCUUUGCCAUGUUCAGCCACUGUAAGGCAGCCUGCAAAAGUUAUUUCUCAACAUAAAUUGGCACCCAAGGAAAACACUGACAUGGGCAAAACUGGUACAUCUGGAUCUGGUCAAGUGCUUCCUCAGACCUCUGAGCAACAAAGGAGUGUGAGCGCAACAAGCCCCAGCCAUCGGCGGAUACUUUGCUUCGAUGUCACACCUGAAACCACAGCAGCUGGCCAGAACACUUUACAGACAAGCACACUCACGUCCUCUGCUGUUACUUCCUCCCCAGCUCAGCAGGUUCAGAAAGAAAUAACACAGACUGAACCGAAACAGCCUUUAGUUUCUGACACCUGCAAAAGAAGAAUAGAAACUGUUAGACUGCCAGAAGCAAAUCCCAAAGCGGGUAUAAAGGGCUCUGAAAAAGUCACCAUUUUUCAUCAACAAAAAGACGCCCCAAAAAGCAAACCAACUGCAAAGGAACCAAAUCUAAUUGUUGUGUCAAGUGCCAAUUCUUCCAACAAAGCUGCCAUUGAGCCAGAGGCUCUCAUUAGAUCAGAAUCACAGAAAAAAUCACAGAAGGAAGAUGGCGGAGUGGCUUCAAAAUCAUCUGCUCCAGGGCCAAAGCAGAAAACGGCAGGAAACACAAAGGACAACACACAAGAUGAAUCCCGUGAAAAGAAGCAGUUAAAACCAACAGAAAAAACAUCAGUACAGAACUCUACAGGCAUCACUGCAAAUAAAGAAAAUGAGCUGGAGAGCUGUCAGACGUCCACACGUCCCACUGAGGAUCUCACACCUUCUAUGGCAAAAUCUCCAGCGCCUGUAUCAAACAAUUCCAGUAAAACUUUAUGCAAGACGAGCCCUCUAACUAAACAGGCCGUUGAGAUGCUGCAGGACAUACAAGGCCAGGCUCCCGCGGCCACUCCGCCGAAAAGACAGGUGGCCGGAUGUCCAGAUCUCCCGCUCCCGAGAACACCCGGACCAGGACAUGCACAGGAGGAGCUGACCGAUGGAUUGAGAACCCCGUCCCGACAAAGGCUCAGGAGGGAGGGCGAAAGCACGCCCAGGCAUCUCCCCCCUCCCGCCACACCCGAUAUCCCCUCCUGCAGUCCUGCCAGCGAGGCAGGGAGUGAGAACAGCAUCAACAUGGCCGCCCACACUCUCAUGAUCCUGUCACGCGCCGCCAGGACAGGAGGUCCUUUAAAAGACAGCUUGCGUCAAGAGGAGGCCAGUGCUGGGAAAUCUGCCAUCCCUAAGGGAAAGAAGCGAAAGCAAAUUGAACCGAGCCCUCCUGCAAAGAAAGAGCUACAGCUUUCCAGCUCCUCGAGCAGUAAAAAGAAAUCAAAGAAACAGAAGAAGCUGCUGGACUCCUUUCCUGAAGACUUGGAUGUAGACAAAUUCCUGUCAUCCCUGCACUAUGAUGAGUAAUGAUGCUGCGGAUGAGCCAUGUUGCCUGCUGCCAUUUCAGGGACAUUAAAAGCCAUGUGUGCUACUGAAAGCGAUAAAACGGAGAUCUAUUCAGCUGAGCACCCAUUCUGAAUAGCUGCUUUCUGUUUUACAUUCAGAAUGUGAGAUAUUGUACAUAGACACCAUAUUAGCCUAAUAAUCAUAUCCAUACAGUAAAGAUUAAGCAAGCACUCUUCAAAACAAACAGGACAAUAAUUUAAGUCUGAACUGUAAUUUAUGACUACAUAUAUGUCAGUUCAGUUGCUCAACUGCAGCUGUUGUUUAGUUCGUAGUCAUUUUAUUUCUCUAAAUGGAUGUUUUCCAUCAACUGCACCAUGUGACAACAUUUCCGUGAACAAAGACAUCAUUUCCUUUGUACAGCCUCUAGGUGGUAUUCUUCCUUUACAGUAUGGAUAGAAAAUGUUGAACGUUUCUGUUUUCUGUCCUUUAGAUGGUUUAUUAUAUGAUGUAUUUUAAUAAAUCACUAUUUGAUUUAA